CACCGGACAGACGAGGCGCUGCUCCCAGUGGAGGUAUUACGUCUCGAUGUGUCAGAGGGAGUCAGGGCGAGUCUUGACUGCAGUCAUCGUCGAUGCAACCGGGAUGCGCAUCAGUAUGAAAAGAAACCAGCGCCUUCCUCUGAACGGUUUAUCCCUGGCCAGCUUGUGACCAACUCAGACCAGCGCACAAGAGGAUAAAACGUGGCAGACGAGUUUUGAUUUUCGGCCACUUGACGUCAUCCUCUUUACUCCCAGCAUCCAACCUCAGCCCCGACGUGAUCCCACCAUGUCCGGGAAGGAGCGCAGCCCCCGCCACCGGCCGUGGUCCGUCUACCGGGCCAACACGUUUGAUCUCUCGGCUGAGAUGAUGGGGUUGGCUCUCUCGGGCAACAGUCAGGAUCCGGAUGAGCCGGUGCUGGAGUUUAGCGUGGCCUGCAGCGAGCUGGUCACCCCUACACUGGACCGUAAGCCAACCAGCUUUGUGGCCGUCAGCUGCACGACUCCACCCCAGGCCUUCUGGACCAAACACGCUCAGACUGAAAUCAUAGAGGGCACCAGUAACCCUAUCUUCCUGAGCAGUAUAGCGUUCUUUCAGGAUUCUCUUAUCACACAACAGACUCAGGUCAAGCUUUCUGUCUACGAUGUAAAGGACCGCGCUCAGGGCACGAUGUACAUGCUCGGCUCGUCCAUGUUUUCCGUGAAGGAGCUGCUGCAGGACAAACACCACAGACUGCACCUGACGCUCAGGUCGGCGGAGAGCGAGCGCGUGGGAAACAUCACAGUGAUCGCCUGGCAAAUAGAGGAGAAGCGCGAGCAGAGAGCUCCCGUUCCAAGAUUACAGAGAGGAGACACCGUUAAUGGGAGGAUGGUCCUCCCUGUUGACGAAAGCCUAACAGAAUCAAUGGGCAUCAAAUCCAAGUCUUCAUCUUUGUGUAAAGACCCACUGCUGAAGGCUGUGUUCGGAGGCGUCAUGUCGCGGACGUACCGUUUCCCCACCACUGAUGGCAACCACCUGCGGAUCCUGGAGCAGAUGGCAGAGAGCGUGCUCUCGCUGCAUAUCCCUCGACAGUUUGUCAAACUCCUGCUGGAAGAGGAUGCUGUCAGGGUGUGUGAGCUGGAAGAACUGGGUGAGCUGUCUCCGUGUUGGGAGAACCUCCGCAGACAGAUCAUCACUCAGUACCAGACCAUCAUCCUCACCUACCAGGAGACCAUCAGUGACCUGCACGAGUAUAAAGGUCCUUCGUUUAAGUCCAGUAUGUUGAAAGCUGAGAGGAAGCUGGAGUUUAUUCCCACUAACCUGCAUGUACAGAGGAUGAGAGUACAGGGAGAGUCUGGUUAUGACCGGACGUACGACGUUGUGACUAUCGGCGCUCCUGCUGCACAUCACCAAGGCUUUAAAGGCUGCGGCCUCCGGAAACUGCUGCACAAGCUGGAGGAAGCCAGGAAACACACUUACGAAGAGGAAAGCUCUGCCGGCUCUGGCCCUAAAGGAAUGGCAUACCAGCCUCAGGAUGUCGUGAAAGCAAAGGAGCUGAUCGGCCAAAUUAACACCCUGAAGACGCAAGUGUGUUACUACACUGAACGUCUGUCCCGAACCGCCAAGGAGCGUUCAGCCAACGCUCUGGAGCGGACUCUGGCCAUCCUGACAGAGAAGACUCGUCAGCUGGUGGCCGUCUGUGACUCCAAGCUGCUGUGCUCGGCCAUCCUCGCCCUGGCGGCCGCCCGCCCGGAGUUCUCCCAGCGAAGCACCCCGUCCCCGUCCUCCUCCUCACUCUCGCCCUCCUCUCGCUCCCCGUCCCGCUCGCCCUCCCGCCACACCGCCUCCCCGUCUCGCGCGGCCAUCUCACCCUCGCGCCACCACGCGGCUCCUCCGGAGAGUGGCGACGGCACCAAAAACAAGCGCGCCUCUUUCCAGGCGGAUUUGCACGAGGAGGAGUGGGAGAAGGUCUGGCUAAAUGUCGAUAAAAGUCUGGAGUGUGUGAUCCAGAGAGUGGACAGGCUGCUGCAGAGAGACAGACUCCAGAGUGACAGCAGCUCUGAGGACGUCUUCCUGCUCGCCACAGAGGACCCAAGUAACACCAAGAAAGGUUCCCAUAGCAACCAAGAUGUUUUCUGGAUACACCCCGAGCACAAAAAGAAGGAUCUGUCGUCGUUGUCGUCGACGCGUCGUUCUGUGUCAUCGUCUCUGUUCUCACACCCCCCUCGAAAUCAUCAACCACUAUCAUCGUCGUUCUCUCAUCGUCCUGUUGAUCGCAUCUACAGCAGUCCUGACAUGGAAAAGACGUCCCCAGGCGAGUGGAGCGACGCCCUGUACCCUCUCCUCACCACGCUGACGGACUGUGUGUCUCUGAUGAGCGACAAAGCCAAGAAAGCCAUGGUGUUCCUGCUGAUGCAGGACAGCGCUCCCACCAUCGCCAUGAGCCUCACCCUGCAGUACCGCCGCGACGUCGUCUUCUGCCAGACGCUGACGGCUCUGAUCUGCGGCUUCGUUCUCAAGCUGAGGAACUCUCUGUGUGACUCCGGCUUCCUCAGGCAGCUGCACACCAUCGGCCUGCUGGUGCAGUACGAAGGCCUGCUCAGCACCUACGGGGAGGAGUUGGCCAUGUUGGAGGACAUGAGCGUCGGAGUGAUGGACCUGAGAAACGUCACCUUCAAAGUCACCCAGGCGACCUCGGGCUUCAGCCCAGACAUGCUGCCGGUGAUCACGGGAAACAGGAACGGCUUUAACGUCAGGGUCCCGAUGCCCGGCGCCAUGUUUGACACGCUGCCGCGGGAGAUCCAGAACGGGAUGCUGCUACGGGUGCAGCCCGUCCUCUUCAACGUGGGGAUCAACGAACAGCAGACGCUGGCUGAGAAGUUCGGAGACACGUCACUGCAAGAAGUCAUCAACAUAGAGAGCAUGACUCGCCUCAGCUCGUACUACGACCAGUUUAAAGAAGUCCUUCCAGAAGACUGCCUCCCUCGCUCCCGCAGCACCACCAGCCUGCCCGACCUCUUAAAACUGCUGAACCAGAACGUGAACGCCAAGAAAAGCAAAAACGUGGAGAUCCUGUGGCAAGCGGCCGAGGUGUGCCGCCGCCUGAACGGAGUGCGCUUCACCAGCUGCAAGAGCGCCAAGGACCGCACGGCCAUGUCUCUGACCCUGGAGCAGUGUCAGAUCCUGCAGCAGGAGCACGCCCUGGCCCCGCAGGUCUUCUACCAGGCCUUGGACUGUAUGCGCAGCGAGGGCUGCAGGAGAGAGAACACCAUGAAGAAUGUAGGAUGUCGUAAAUACGCCUUUAACUCUCUCCAGCUCAAGGCCUUCCCCAAACAGUAUCGGCCUCCAGAAGGGACGUACGGGAAAGUGGAGACCUAAGGGGACUCUGUCUGCAGGAAACCAAAAAAAAAAGAAAAGAAAAAAAGACUGAAGUGGAUAAUGAUGAUGCCACCACUCGGAGAAAAAUACAAACUGGAGCAACAGCCCUUUUGUUUUGUGCUUAGUCACCGUCAAAACGAUUAAUAAUGUCCAAGUGCCAGUGCUGCUGUAGAUCAUUUUAUUGCCCUCUCCACUCAAUAGCGCUAGAACCACACACUCUCACAGCCACUCCACAGCCAGCAGCAGUAAAAGACACGGCUCCCCGCGUCACAUCGUAGCCAGUGUGCAGACGGCUGGUCGACUGCUGCGUCAGCUGUAGCAUCAGGAAGCGUCUAGCCGCUCUGGAUCUAAGUCGUUUAAACUCGUGUCCCUAGAAAUAAGACGUACGGAUGGCUCAGCCUUUAGAAAGAUGUCCUAGCGAUCUCUUAUUUGAUGUUCUCACUUUGUCAGUUAAAGGAUAGGUUUUUUUGUUCUUAUUGGUAACAUAUCAGAUGCAGAAGCAAACAAUUGAUGUUUCCCACCAAGUCUUGUGUGUGUAUCCAAAGCCUUAUAUAUGUAUAUAUAUAUAACUUAUUCAUAUGUGCCACUAAAAGUACACCAAUGACCUACACUGUAUUCGUUGUGUUACGACAAACACAGCCACAUAAAAUACAGAUUGUAGAAUAUGAAUCCUUGAUAUUCCCCAACAUCCACAUUAUUUUUGCCUGUUUCAAUCACAUUUGUUCUAAACUAUUGGAGUUUUAAGAUUGACAUGCUCAUUGUAAUUCAGUGAGCAUCUGAAAUGUCGCAAAAGUCAGAAAUUGAACAACACAUAGACACAAUAUUAAAAAAAACACCAGCUUCAUUCACAAGACAACACAAAACAAAACGUACAAUUUUCUAUUUCCAUUUAGAUGCCACACAAACUGUUCUCUGGAAGCGGCAAAAAGCGUGACUGUUUAAAUGUAUAGUAUCAUGCUUACAUAUGACAUCGCCUUUUUUACUUUCAAUCCACAUGAAAGGAUCAGCUUUAUCAAAAUAAAUGUCUUUACCUGUUAGAGAUAUUUCUCUGGACCUAAACCGCACUGUUGAAAGCCCGUCUUUGGUUUGUUUUAUUUAUUAGGCCGAUGUCAGUGGCCACAGUUGAAUCCGGGGAUGAGGGUCGUGGGCCAAAAUGUUAAUUUUGCAGUACGUUAAGUUAAAUAUGGGUAUAUACAGCAUGCAUGUGUAAAAUAAACACUAUCACAAAAUAA